AUGUCACUUAAGUGGUGUCCCUGGUAUGGGCGUUCCUCUAAACGCCGCACCGAUGCCUCUGCACAUUCAGACCUACAUAACAAUCUGCCGCCAUUGAAACCUCACAACAUAAAACCAGCCAAUUGUGUGCACGUUAUUUGUAUUCCAUCUGCAAACAUUCCGCUCCAAAAAGGCGAUCUGAAGGCUAGAAUUUUGGCCGCUGCGGCCGCUUGCACCACAUCAGCUACGGCUAUCACCGCUCGCGCCCUUGCUGAAAACCCAGACGCCGCGACCGCCAUGGCCGUCGCAUUGGAACGAAUUAAGAAGACAACCACAACGAUCCUUACCUCGCGCGGUAUACCACCCAAUACACCAACAGCAAAUUCUAUCUGGGCUGCCGUUCUUGAGGAGGCGGCUUGUGAAGCUGGUGUGAUUGCUGGCCGGCCGGACGAGCCGGAGUUUGCCAGCCAAGAGGCGGCUCGAUACGAAAGAUCAGUGGUAAAUGGCGUAGCCGAUGAAAUAGCAAUCGCAUCACGCUAG